AAUUUCAUGUUUGCGUUAUCUAAAAGAACAAAAAAACAGUUUGUGACAUAAUGAAUAAUUAAUUUUAUGUCACUAUUUUACUUAGUAGCUUCUUGGUAACAUUAUCGAACAUGAUUGUCAAACAAAAUUAUGUCUGUUCCUAAAUUUAUCACUAUAUAUUGAUAAUUUAAAAAUAAAUCAAUAUGAAAUCAUUUUUUCAGCUAUCUAAACUUUUUUGCACUUUCAUAAUUUUUUUAAAAUCCGUGAAUACGUGCCAUGAUUUACAUACUAACUUUUUUCAGCAUUUUUCUUCAAAAACUCCUUACAGAUACAUAGCAAAUUACAAUACUUCAUCAAUAGAGUAUGAAGGCUGUAAACCAUGGAAAAUUUGGUUAGUUCAAAGACAUGGUACAAGAACUCCAGGUAAUGAAUUAGAUAAAUUUGUUCGAGAUAGAUUACCUAAAAUUCAAGAAGAUAUUUUAAACAAUUUGAGUAAAGGAACUAUUUUAGGGGAACUAUGUAGUUUUGAAGGAAUUAAAUUAUGGACUUCUCAUAAAGAACUGGAUAGCCAAAAAAGGUUAACUUCAGAAGGACAGGAUGAACUUUUUGAAUUUGCUGAACGAUUACAGUUACGAUUACCAACACUUCUUGACCAACCUUAUCAAAAUACUAAUUUUUUGUUUAGGUAUACUGAUACUCAAAGAACUGACGAAAGUGCCAAACAAUUUGCUACAGGUCUGUUUGGUCGGAUUGAAGUAAAAAAAGUUGUUUUUACAAAACCUCUUGAUAAAGAUCCUCUACUAAGAUUUUACAAAGUAUGUCAAAAAUGGAGGCAGAAUGUAAAAAAAUCCCCAAGUGCAAUUCUGGAGUAUACAAAAUUCACAUUGAGUGACAUUGUUAAUACAACACUUUCUGAUUUGUCAAAAAGACUUGGACUUAAUUACACACUAUCCUUUAAAGAGGCUAAAAAUAUUUACUCAUAUUGUGCUUUUGAAACUGCUUGGGAAAAGAUCAAAGUUUCACCAUGGUGUUCAAUUUUUAGUGAACUUGACUUUAAGGUUUUUGAGUACAGUGAAGAUUUGAAACAUUAUUUGAUUGAUGGGGAUAAAUAUGAAUUGACUUAUAAACAAGCAUGUGUUUUAUUAAAAAAUGUUGUUGAACAUUUUGAUGAUGAUAAAUUAGAUAGUCAUAAUGGAAUUUUCUAUUUCACUCACUCUGGAACAGUUUUGAAAAUGCUUGGAGUUUUAGGUUUGUACAAAGAUAAUGAUAAUUUAAGACAUGAUAACUUUUGGGAAAUGGAAAAUCGACAAUGGAGAACUUCAAAAAUUGAUGCAUUUGGAUCAAAUUUAAUUUUUGUUUUAUUCAAAUGCUAUAAUGAUAUGAAAAUAUUGACAUUGCAUCAAGAAAAAAUUAUAAGAAUACCAGGGUGUGAAUCAGAUCUUUGUUCUUAUGAUACAUUUAAAAAAAUUUAUCAAGAGAAACUGAAUAAUUGUGAUUUUAACAAAAUGUGUAACAUUGAAUAACCAAUUUUUUAUUUUUAUUGUAUUAUAAAUAGUAUAUUUAUUUAUAACUUUAAAUAUUUUACCAGUGAUUUAUUAUGAACGAAUUUUUUUAAUAAUUGAAUUCUGUCAAUUUGUUAAAUUUAACUAUGUCAUUAGUGAUUUAAUUAUUUUAUUGAUAUUAAUUUGAAAUAUAUUUUUA